AUGUUGUUUAACACCUAUAACAUCCGCAAAAGCAAGGCUACGCCUAUUUACCCGCAAAGUAAUGGGAAAGACGAGAUCACAAACAAAACCAUAGCCGACAACCUAAAGAAGAAGUUGGAUGGAGAAUAUGGCGAGUGGUGCGAGGAGCUCUACAAUGUUCUAUGGGAAUAUAGGACCACCCGCUGGGGCGCAACAGGCUUAUCACCCUUCAUGCUAACAUAUGGGACCGAAGCUAUCCUCCCAACUGAGGAAAUGAUACCUACUACAAGGACUAAGGCGUGGAGAAGGAACAUCUCGACAUACCUCAUUUUGGCUAAGCUGGAUGAUUUAGAAGAAACUAGAGAAAUGGCCCUACAAAAAAUGGAGAACUACCAAAGGAGGUUACAACGUGAAUACAACAAAUGGGUUCGACCGAGAGAAUUUCAACUUGGAAAAUUGGUAUUGAAGGAGCUACCAGUUAUGAACGAGAUAAGAAGGGUGGGAAGUUGGCGGCAAGAUGGGGCGGACCCUACACUAUAG